AGGCUCUGGUACCGGAAAUGAGUCAUUUCCAAACUCGUUCCAAUCGCAGCUGCACUGGCUUCCUUCAAGCCUCCGCUCAGCGUGAGCUCUGGGCCGGGGGAGACCCCGCCGGAGAACAGAGCGAGCGAGCUGGCUCUGCCUUUUGAGGUCUCCGUCUGGCCCCAGCAGUGGAGACCACCUCGGAGAAAGAAAUGGUCACCAGCCUCCUGACAUCCAGAGACACCACGAAAUCACUGACGUUGAGAGAUGUGGCCGUGGACUUCACCCGGGAGGAGUGGGGGAGCCUGCGCCCCUCCCAGAAGGAGCUGUACCGGGACGUGAUGCUGGAGAACUACCGGAACCUGGUGUGCCUGGGGCUUGCAGUUUCCAAAGAAGACGUGAUCUCCCAGUUGGAACGAGGAGAACCCCCUUGGGUGCCUGAGGGAGACGCCCUGAGCGACCCCUGCCCAGAUUGGGAGACUGUGCUUUAUACCAAGAGAUCAUCUCCCAAACUGGGCAUUCCUUUGGGAGAAUCAACCCAGGAAAGAUUUAUAACACCUUGUGUCUUGAAAAUGGGAGAAGCCUGGAAAUGUGAUACCAAAUUAAGGAGGAAACAGAGGAGUGAAGAAAAACCGUAUGAAUGUAAUGAAUGUGGGAAAGCCUUUCGCCAGAGCAUUGAACUUACUCGACAUGAGAUUAUUCAUACUGAAGAGAAGCCUUAUGAAUGUAAUGAGUGUGGGAAGACCUUUCAUCGGAGUACAGGCCUUACUGAGCAUCAGAACAUUCAUACUGGAGAGAAGCCAUAUGAAUGUAACGAAUGCGGGAAGGCAUUUCGCCGGAGUACAGAACUUAUCCGACAUCAGAGAAUCCACACAGGAGAGAAACCAUAUGAAUGUAAUGAAUGUGGGAAGGCCUUUCAUCGGAAGACAGGACUUACUGAACAUCAGAAUAUUCAUACUGGGGAGAAACCUUAUAAAUGUAAGGAAUGUGGGAAGGCCUUUCGCUGGAGGCCAGGUCUUACUCGUCAUCAGACAAUUCAUUCUGGAGAGAAACCUCAUAAAUGUAAUGAAUGUGGGAAGGCUUUCCAUAGUAAGUCAUCGCUUACUGAACAUCAAAAAAUCCAUACUGGAGAGAAACCUUAUGAAUGUAAUGAAUGUGGGAAGGCCUUUCGCUGGUGGACAGGACUUAUUCGGCAUCAGACAAUUCAUUAUCGAGAAAAGUCUUUUGAAUGUAAUGAUUGUGGGAAUGCAUUCCAGGAGCCCACAGCUUAAUCAACAUCAGAAAGUUCAUACUGAGGAGAAGCCUUAUAAAUGUAGUGAAUGUGGGACAAUCAGCUUUCUCAACAUCAGACAUUUCACACUGGGGAAAAAACCUUCUGAAUGUGAUGAAUGAGGAAAGGCCUCCUGCUGGAGCUCACAGCUUCCUCAACAUUAGAUGAAUUAUGUGGACGAGAAAAUAUGAAUGUAAUAAAUAUGAAAAGGCAUUCUGGCAGAAAACAGUCCUAAUUUUAAAGCAGAGUUAAUCCUGAACAGAUAGUUGUAGAAUGUAAGGAACAUGGACCACAAAGAAACGUUAUGAAUAUAAUGAAUGUGGAAGUCCUUUUAUCCCAGGAUAAGAUUUACUGUAUGUAAGAAAAUUCAUUUUAGAAACCUUGUUAUCUAUCCUCAGUUGGCCUUCACUGAAAUAAGGAAUCCCAUUAUUUUUCCUUCCCCAUAGAAACUCUUCCAAACUUUUUUCUCUUAAGUCUUCUAUAUAUCUCAGCCCUGACACUCAGCUGAGAAUCUCAUUUCUUAUUUUACUGAGAAAGUUGAGGGUAUUCAAUGUAUUCUCUUUAUCUCAAACAUCUUGACACUUCCUGCUUUUCCUCAGUUUCUUCUCCUUGCCUUUCUCCUUGGCAGUGGCAAGAAUGCCUUAAAUAUGCAAUUGAUUCAAUCCCUCUUGUCUUCAGCAGAAUGAAAAGGCAAUGAUUCCUCCAGUCCAUCUUCAAUCUAUUAUAGAUUUCUUCUUACUGUUUUCAAAGAUGCCUAAGUCUAUAAAAAACUUUCCUCAUCCAAAUUUAGGGGGAAAAACUAUAUCUACUCUCUCUACUUCCUUUUCUUUCAUUCACCCCCAAACCCUUUGUUGUAUGAUGUCUGACCACCUUAUUCAACUGAAACCAUUGCCUUCAUAGUUACCAGUGAUAUCUAAUGGCUACAUCUAAUGGUCCUUUCUCCGAUUUCAUGCUUCUUGAUUUGUCUGCUGAAUUUGAUGCUCUUAACCACCCUGUUCUCCUGCAUACAUCCCCUUCUCUGGGAUUUCAUAACACAACUUUUUAAAUUUUUCUUGUAUGACUACCUUUUGGUAUUCUUUGCUGAUUCAUCAUCCAUAGCAUGCUCUCUAAGUGUGUUCUCUAAGCCUCUCUCUAAGGCUUAAGUCUUCUGGUCUCUCUCUCCAUCCUAUUGGUAACAUAAUGGGCCCCCAUGAGUUUAAUCAUCAUCUCUGUUCAGAUAACCCACAGACCUCCAUCUCCUGCCCUGGAGCUCUAAGUUUGAAUCACCAAGUGGACAUUUCAUGAGACAUCACAGACUGAACCUGUCUAAAAGACAACUUAUUCUCUUUCUCCUUAAGGCUAUCCCUCUUAAAUCUUUUCUCUGUUUCUGUUAUUCUUCUCAUCACAUAUUGUGGCAAGACUGAAACCUAGGUUUUCCUAACUCCCAGUCCAAUUACCCCAGUAAACUAUGCUGCCUCUCAUGAAUGUGUUUCUUAUAAAGGAUUCUGAUCAGCCGGGUUCAUGUUCUAGCUCUACUACUUGCGACCUAUGAUCAUAGAUAGGGUUACAACUGGAAAGGACUCUCUCUGAGCUGAGUUUCCUCAUCUCUGAAAUGAGGGGAUUGGACUAGACCAGUGGUUCUCAAAUGUUUGUUCUCAGUAUCUUUAUAAAGUAUCAUAUAUAUUGUAGUAUAAAGAUACUACUAAAAAGGAUUGUGAAUCUGUGCAAAGAGUUUUUGUUUAUGUAGUUAUAUUUAUAGAUAUUGGCCAUAUUAGAAAUAAAAAUUAAUGCUGAAUUUAUAGACCCUCUGAAGGGGUUUCAGAGACCCCCAGGACUCUUUGGUUCACACUUUGACAACCACUGGACUGGAUGAUCUAUAAGCUUCCAGUUUUAAAUCUUUUGAACACGUUCAGAAUUCUAUCUAUCCCCAGAAGAUUUAUUAGUUAGGCCUUUUUUGUGUGCCUUCAUAUUUCCAUAUUUUUUCAGCUGUGUAACCUCAGUGUAUCUUUAGCUCCUCACUUUUGUUCAUCCCACAUAUCCAGUUGGUUGCCAAAUUUUGCCAUUUCCACCUCUGCAGUAACUGUCACUCUGAUCUCUUCUUUCUUCCCACUGAUGACCUCAAUUUAGACACCAGCACCUCUUCUUUUAUUAUAGUGUCUCCAUGUUGGUCACCCUGGCUCAAGCGUCUUCCCACUCCAGUCUCUACACUACAUUGUUCCCAAAAUGAUAUCCCACAAGUACAGAUCUGAACAUAGAACUCUUGGGCCUCUAGGAUAAAAGAUAAAAUCCUGUUUAGCUUUUGAAGCCUUCAUAUUCAUUCCCCAAAUUACCUUUUUCAGACUCAUCAGAUAGUGUUCUCCCUCCCACACUUUGCCAUCUAGACAAACUGUUCCUCACAUAUAAUACUCCAUCUCCUGUCUCUGUGCUUUUGUCCUGGGUAACCUGCAUGCUUGGAAUGGACUCGUUCCCCAGCUCUGCCUCAGAUAAUCCCACAAGAUUGGCUCAAGUCCCACUGACAUGAAAUGUUCCCUGAUUCCCCUCGUGGCUAGUGCCCUCCUACCUCAAAUGGGCUUGUAUUUAUAUCCCAUUUAUUGUUAUUUUUAUUCUUCAUAAAUUAUAUACUUACUGAAUGUCUUACUCAAUAGCGUGUGAACUCCUUAAGAGCAGGAAUGGUCUCAUUUUUUGUCUUUGUAGUUACACUGUCUAGAACAAUACCUGGAACAUGUUAGAUACUCAACUGCUUCAUUUUGAAGAAGGCCAGUGACGUCACUAGGGAAUCUCUUAACUUGCAAGUGAAUUUGAUUUAGGUGAAGGAGACUUGCAUAGAGUCAUCAGCCUCUCCCUCCAGAACCAUCGAAGGCCAGACAAAAGUCAAAAUGAAUGGGAUAUGGCGGAUGGCCUUGGCGUCUUCAAUGCCUGACCAAUCUCUAAGCGCUCCACAGUCCUUUUUGUGGCUGCUGGAACAAAUUGUUCUCAUCCGCCCAUUCUGCAGAAUAAAGUCUUGGAGUACCUAUCUCUUUAACUUAUUGACGGGUUUGAGGCCUGUUCCUUAGCCUCAACCUGGCGUGGCCUGUCUGCUGAGAUGACUUGGCCAGGUGUGGCCACUGUGCGUGCUACAGUUUCUUGGAGCCACAGGUGAGAGUUAAGUGACAAGUGGACACUGCAGGUGGAUGAGUAGCCCUGAAAAGGGCUCAGCAAGCCCUCCCAUCAGUUGCUGGUUCUUCGUGAAUAUCCCAUUCACCAUUUCAUGCUUUUUGGCUAACAUCAAGUGUUGUAUCUAUUCUUAUCAGUUUAAUAUGGGAUGCACUAUCUAUCUGAGGACGAUGUAAGAUACUCAAUAAAAGCUUGUUGAUUGAUA